AUUUCAUGCUCCAUUAGUUUCUUCCACCAAAAUUCCCUAAACUGACAUUUUUGAAAUUGCGAAAUGUUCUCUGGUGCUGGUCGUCCUUCUAAAGAACAAAUCAAGCAAUAUGAUAACCUUGCUCUUUCCGAAAUAAAGAAAGGUGCUUCUAUUGCUGCCGUUCUCGCUUUGACUCCUUUUGUUAUCUCCUUUGUCAAGAACUUACGCUCUUAAAGCUGAAGCUAUUCACAGGCACGUUUCUGUAACAAACAACACUUAAGAUUGCUUGAACGCUGCUUAUGUGUGUAAAGAAUUGCUCGGAUGAUGAUGGCAAACAAUCAAUAAAAUUCAAUUUUUAACACUUUUCAUA